AUGGAGAUAAGACAGCCUGGCCCACCGUUCCGCGUGGGUCACCUGCUCGCCACGGUCCACACCCUGCAGAAGCUCCACCUCGAAGUCCGGGAGAAGGCGCUGACGGACCAGAUCACGGGUGCCUUCGGUCCCAAACUGAAGGAGCUGCACAUCACGGGGAAGGCGCUGACGGAUAUCGACGCGAACACCUUCCGAGGCUUCCAAAACAAACACGAGUUGCUCCUGAGUAUUACGGACACCUCUAUCGAGACCUUCCCUGACGGCCUGCUCGCGCACCUGUCUGACGUGGCCUACCUGUCUCUGGACCUGCGUCGUAACAAGCUGAGAUACCUGAGUCCACAAGUCCUGUACGAGAACAGCUCCACCUGGGAGAGCAAGGGGACCACUUUCGUUGCAGGUGGCCUAGCUCUGGAGGGCAACGAGUGGGGAUGCGACUGCUCCCUGGUGUGGCUCGGGCGGUGGCUGAGGCGCUGGCUACGGGAGACUCUGCUGAUCCACACGGCGGUUCUCAAGGGCGCGCAAAGGGUCCACACCCUCGCCCGCGCUGCCACUUGCUACGAGCCGCGGACAGGCCAGAACGUCCCUUUGCUCGAUCUCCACGCGGAAGACCUCGGCUGCCAAGCGUCCGCCUUGAGUGACGCCAGCGCCGCCCCGCCCAUCGCCGCCCCACCGCCGCCCCUACCCGCCCUCGCCCUUCUCCUGGCCGCCCUUGUGGUUGUGGGGGCGUGAUAGUGAAGGGUAUAAGGGGAGGAGGGGGAAGGGAAGGAUGGAUAGUGACCGCCAGUGAGGAAGGAAAGAAAGCAGAAGGGAAGGAAGGAAAAAGGAGUGGAUAAAAAGAAGGAAGGAGAGGAUGGUUGUGUGUGUAGUUAAGGAAGGAAGGAAGGAAGGAAAGACGUAUGCAUGAGGUGUAAGGUGUAAGAGAAGGAGGAGGAGGAGGAGAAGGAGGAGGAAGAAGAGGAGUGUAAGGAAGUAAACUCAACACCAAUGAAAAUUAAGAGGAAAAAGAAGAAAAAAAAGGAAGAUAGGAAGAGAAAAAGAAAGUAUGCGUUGGUAUGGAAAGCAAUGAAGAGAAAGGAAAAUAUGGAGUGUAUAGAAAGAAUAAAGAGGAAGAGGAGGAGGAGGAGGAGGAGGAGGAGGAGGAAGAGCUGUGAGUUUUACAAUGAUGGGUGUGGUGAUAACAUGAAGACCAGACAGGAAGAGAGGAAAGCGUUUAAAAUGAAGGAGGAGGAAGAAGAUGAAGAGCAGGAGGAGGAGGAAGAGGAGGAGGAGAAGAAGUACGAUAGGGAGGAGGAGAAGGAGAACGGGAAGGAGGAGAAGAGAGCGUUUAAGAAAGAUGAAUGUCCGAAGUAGGAGGAAGGAGAAGGGGAGGAGGAGGAGGAAGAAGAGGAGGAGGAGGAGGAAGAAGAGGCCAUGGAGUCGUGAUGAGUAGAUAAAACAGGAGAAUAAAACAGAUAAAAAAAAAGAAUAAUGGCAAUGAGAAUCCAUGACGGAGAGGAAGAGGAAGAGGAAGACAGAGACAAAGAGGAGGAGAAGAAGAAAAAGAGGAAGAAGAUGGACACGAGAGAAAAUAGAUGAGGAGAGAAAGAAAGAGAGAGAAGGGUGAAGAGGAUGAUGGUAAAGAGAGAACAUAAGAAGAAGAAGGAGGAGGAGGAGAGAAAGUGAUAAAGAAGGGAAUGAUAAAAAAAGGUUAACAAAGGAAGAUAAAGAGAGAGAACGAAGGAGAAAUAGGUAAGAAAUUAGAUUGAAUGAUGAUGAUGAUGAUGAUGAUGAUGGCGAUGUAAAAUAAUGACAAAAGAAACACAAUUAAGGAGAAAGAUAAGUGAGAGAGAGAGAGAGAGAGAGAGAGAGAGAGAGAGAGAGAGAGAGAGAGAGAGAGAAUAAUUGUUUGUAGUAAAGAGAGACACAAUGGAGAGUAAAGAAAAGAAAAGAAAGAAAAAUAUAAAAAAAACAAAGAUCAGAAACAAGAAACGAAUUGGAGAGAAAAAAAAAGGAGAAUAUGAAAGAAGAGGAGGAGGAGGAGGAGGCCAAAAAAAAAACAAUAAAAGAAUGAAUGGGAAACGAAAAUAAAGAAAUAGAGAAAGGAAAAAAACAAAAGAAGAAUGAAAGGGAAACGAGAAGAAAGGAAGAAAAGGAAUGAAAAAAAAAUAAAGAAAAGAAGAAAACCGGACCAGAAGGAAACAAGAUAACUGAAUAGGAAACGAGAAGAAAAGGAGAAGGAAAGAAAAGAGGAAUAGAAAGAAAGCAAAAGAGCAAGAAAGGAAGGAAAAACAAAACAACACAAAAAAACACGGACCGGCCUGCCAGAAGAAACACAUCAAAAAAAAAAAUACAGAGGAACACAAAAUAAAGAAACAAAACUCUACGCCUCGAAACUUCCUAACAGGUGACCAAGGAGGGAGUUUCAGUUUCAAUGGAGGAAUAAUCAUAAGGAGAAACUUGGAGAGGGAGAGAAAGUAUGUGUUUGUUUGUAUAUAGACGAAAGAAACACGAAUAUGGGAGAAUAAAUGAGAGAGAGAGAGAGAGAGAGAGAGAGAGAGAGAGAGAAAGAAAGGUCAAGUGUGUACUGAGUGGAGAGAAAGGAGGAGGAGUGGAGAGAAAGAGGAGGGAAGUCUCUCUCCAUCCGCCACUAACACCACACCACUUAUUGUUCUCUCUCUCUCUCUCUCUCUCUCUCUCUCUCUCUCGUAAUGGAGGUGGAACAAUGGUGGUGAUGGUGAUGGUGGUGAUGAUGAUGAUGAUGAUGAUGAUGAUGAUGAUGAUGAUGAUGAUGGUGAUAGUGAUAGCACAAUCCGUACCAUGUGGCAAAUUCCAAACACAAUCAUUAUAGCAUUUUGUCAAUCAUAGUUAGUAAGGCCUUGAGAGAGAGAGAGAGAGAGAGAGAGAGAGAGAGAGAGAGAGAGACGCCUGGCAGUGAAAUACAAGUCACCAUAUGUUCCUUGUUAACACACACACAAAAAAAAUAAUCACAAUAAACAAAACAAAGAAAAUAAGUGAUGGUGAAUGAUGGUGAAUGAUGAUGAUGAUGAUGAUGAUGAAGUAGUGUCUUUACGGUGUCUUGAUAGUGACUUCUCUCUACACAUGGAGGUGAAUAUGACUGUGAUGGUGAGGGUAUGGUGAUGAUGGUGAGGGUAUGGUGAUGAUGGUGAGUGUGUUAAGCUGAAGAAAGUCGUGAUUGUGAAAGAAUAGGAUGAGAACGGCGAGGAAGACAAAGUAAAGGACAGAUAAUGACAGUGAUGGUGAGGAUAUGGUGAAGAUGCUGAUGGUGAGUGAUAGUGAAAGCUUCGAGGGAGACGAAGUAAAGAGAAAGAAGAGUGGUGAUGGUGGAAGUGAUAGUGAUUUGAUGGUGAGGCGGAUGUGGUGAUGGUGACUGAUGGUGAGGGCGGCGAAAGAGACGCUGUAUCAAGACGGGGAAAAAAUAUAGUGAGUGUUAUAAUGGUGAUGAAGAUGAUGGUGACAAAGGAGAGGAGUGAGCAGUGACAGUGACCCAGGCCGUUGUUGACAGUGACGAUGAUGGUGAUGGUGAUAACAAUAGUGAAGUGAAUCACAAGUGUGCGGGCCUACUAUUUUCACUAUACUGUUUGUUCUUUUUUUUUUUUUUUGGUUCUUUUGCGCGGUGAAGAAGACAAGGUGGAGGGCUGAAUUUAUGUUUGCCAAAAAAAUAAAAAAUAAACAACUGACGCGAUAAACAAAAGAAGAAUCAGCUGACAACACAAACAAAAGGAGGUCAGUGAAAAAGAAACACACAGACACACACACAAUCAGAGAGAAUACAGAAACACAGGAAGGUAGACUGAUGAAAAAGAAAAAUCGUCUUGAAACACAAAAUAAGACCAAGAAAAUAGAAAAUGUCACAGGAAAGGAGAAAGGUAAGCUACUGGAAAACGAAGCAAAGGGAAAUUCAGCUUGAAGAUAAAACAGUAAGAACAAUUAAACAAUGCAAUCAUCUCGAAACACAAAAAAAGACGAAGAAAAUAGGAAAUAUCACAAUAAAAGAGAAAGAAAAGCUACUUGAAAACAGAGAAAAGGGAAAUUCAGCUUGAAGAUAAAAAAAAAAGAGCAAUUAAACAAUGCAAGAAAAAGAUGAAAAAAAAAAGAUUGAAAACAGACAGAAGAAAAAACGAAAUAAAAAUACAGAAAAAUCCUACUUGAAAACAUGAGAAAAGAAAGCAGCUUGAAAACAAAGAGGAAAGAGGAAAGAAGAAAAAAUUGACUUCAAAACAAAGACAACAGGAGAAAACAAGACAAUGCAAGAAAGGAAAAGGAAAAAAAUCAACUUGACAACACGAAAAAUAAAGAAAAUCCAGCAACUCAAGAAAAGAAAAAACUGCGCCGUGAAACCAAAAAAAGACAAUUUUUAACCAUGGAAAACAAAAACAAAAAAAAAGGAAAAAAAGCAGAACACAACAACUUAAUGAAACACAAAUAUAAGCAUGACAUCACAAAGGAAAAAUCACACACACACACACACACACACACACACACACACACACACACACACACACACACACAUCGAAACACACCUGAACGAAAAAAACAUACAAGCGGAAAGAGGGAAACAUGAAAGCAAACACACAAACAAACACACAGCAACUCCCUUCUUUUAAACACACGACGAAGUAAACAAUUAAAAAACAAACAAACAAACACCGAGCCUUAUCAUCAUUAUUAAAGCUUGAGGAGAAGAAAAAAAAUAAUUACCAGAACAAAAAAAAUAUAUCAAAAAAGAAAAAAAAAGAAAUAGUCAGUCACGUAGGGUUGGUGUUUACACGGACAGACAAACAAACGCACAAACAGGGGAAGCACAAACAGCCGCCACCAUCAUGCACGGGAGGUCACGAGGGGCGGCAAACAAUCAAACAGGCAAACAAACAGCAGCAAAUUAAGGAAAUAAAUAUAAAUGCGAGUCGACGCAGAUCAUACAAACAGGCCGAAAUAAAAGGGGAGACUUGAUUCCCGUGUAUUUACCAACGUGGAGUCAACGGGAAGAGUAUAGAUAACAUAAAAAUAGAUGUAAAUAUGCAAAGAAAUAAGUAAUAGACGAAACAACUUUGCCAUACGAGAGAAAAACAUUGAUUCUUGUGUGGAGUCAACGGAAAGAGUAGACAACAUAAAAAUAGAUGUAAAUAUGCAAAAGAAUAAGUAAUAGACGAAAUAACUUUUGCCAUACGCGAGAAAAAACAUAGAUUCCCGUAUAUUUACUAACGCGGAGUCAACAGGAAGAGUAGAUAACAUAAAAAUAGGUAUAAAUAUGCAAAAAAAAUAAGUAAUAGACGAAAUCAUUUUGCCAUACGCGAGAAAAAACAUAGAUUCCCGUAUAUUUACUAACGUGGAGUCAACAGAAAGAGUAGAUAACAUAAAACAUAGAUAUAAAUAUGCAAAAAAAUAAGUAAUAGACGAAACAACUUGGCCAUACGAGAGAAAAACAUUGAUUCUUGUGCAUUUGCCAACGUGUCAGGAAAUGGACUAAACAAAAAGAGUAGAUAACAUAAAAAUAGAUAAAAAUGCACAAAAAAAAGUAAUAGGCGAAUAACUCUGCCAUACGCGAGAAAAACAUUGAUUCUUGUGUAUUUGUCGACGUGUAAGGAAAUAAAGUAAACAGAAAAAGUAGCUAACAUAAAAAUACACAUAAAUAAGUAAAAUAAAUAAAUAUGAUACGAAAGAUCUUUGUCUUAAGCGAGAAAAACAUUGAUUCUUGUGUAUUUAUCAACGUAAAAAGAAAAGGAAUAUACAGGAAGACUGGAAAACGUAAAAACAGACACCGUAAAUUAAUGAAAUAAAACUAAAUAAGAUACGAAAGGUCUUUGCCACUCGGGGGAAAUUAAAUCAAAAGAAAAUGAGGUGGAGGUAAUUCAUAUAUGAGUGUAAUUCAUGAACGCAAAAAGUAUAAAUAGAAAAAGAAACUUGUGAGUGAUCUUUCCGAGACGCGGGAAAAACGUAAGACGGCUCAGGUGCGUCCCAGGUGUGCCGAGAUGCUGGUCUGGACACGGGCGAGAGGACACGAGCACCGACCAACGAAAUAGACAAAACGUACCGCAAUAAUAAAUAACGAUAAAUAAAAGUAAUAAAUCUUAGAGUGGGGAGAAACUAAGGCACGGCGAUACAACACGAGAACCAACUUAGAACAUUAUAAAACAAAAACAAAAUAUCGUAGUAACUAUAGAUAACAAUAUAUAAUGUGGAUGAUAAAUGAUUGACUUAGAAGAAACGAAGGAUCAAAACCAAACACACACAUACACAAAAAUAAAAAUAAACAUUAUAGAAGCAUUAAUGAAUAAUAUAAUGUGAAAUGAUUUAAAGAGAAACUCAACAGUCCUCCUUCCAAUGAAACAAAGCAACACACAAACAAGCAGAUAAACAAGGAGGAUAGAAUUGAAAAGAUAAAACAAAAAUAAAACAGGUCAAUAAAAUACGAUAAAAUGUUACUUACGUGGAAAAGUGAAACCUCAAGCUGAAAACACACAAUAAACAAAACAGGAAAUAUAUACAAAUAACAAUAAUGAUAAAAACAAUAAUAAUAACAAUAACAAAUGAUGAAAAUGCUGAACAAAAAAAAAUGAAAAAAAGACUUACUGAAC